AUGCUGGUUUGUGAGGUAGGAAGUGGUAUCACUGCUAGAUUCUGGCAUGAUAACUGGACGUCCUUAGGUCCUUUGAUUGAGCUUACGGGACCGAGGGGGCCAGGUACUACCGGACUUCAUGAGGACGCGGUGGUAGCUGAGGCGUUAAGGGAUGGUGAGUGGUGGUUGAGUCGCAGUAGGAGCAGGAACAGACUGAUAUCUAUGGUUCGUGAGAGCCUCCCGGAUGCAGCAGGAAUCGUUGCAUCAGAGGUGGAUGACAUGUACUUGUGGAAGCCCGGUAAUAGUGUCGCCUCUUCCUCCUUUUCUGCAGCUGAUACUUGGGAGGCUUUGCACCCCGCAGGAGAACCUGUGUUCUGGCAUCGCCAAGUAUGGUUUCAAGGGAGGAUACCUAAGCACGCGUUCAUAACUUGGGUACUUGCUCGGAACCGUCUUGGAACGAGAGACAGGCUGAGAGCCUGGGGACUACAGGUUCCUGCAACUUGCGUUCUGUGCAAUACUACGGACGAGACCAUGCAGCAUCUGUUCUUUGAUUGCACUUACAGCUCGGAGGUGUGGAAUGAGUUUGUGAAGCUGAUUGUCAAGCUGGUGUAUCAAGCAGCAGUCUAUACUAUCUGGAAAGAAAGAAAUGCUCGGAUUCACAAUAACUCGUUUCGUCAAGCGACAGUGGUGAUUAGAGAGAUCAAGCAGGCGGUGCAGGCUAGGCUUGAUCCUCUUUCGAGAGCUCAUAGGUCAAGACGAACAGAUAUAACUUUGUUGGGUACUUGGAUGAGCAGGUUUGGCUAG